UGUGUGUGUGUGUGUGUGUGUGUGUGUGUGUGUGUGUGUGUGUGUGUGUGUGUGUGUGUGUGUGUGUGUGUGUGAGAGAGUGUGAGAGAGAGAGAGACGGGUCGAGUCAGCGCUGGGUAAAGUCCAUGCAGCGGGUUGACUUGUACUUCCUACAGCUGCGUUGAAGUUGUCCUUGAUCGACCGAUUCGUAGAGAUCGGUGGCUUUAGUUGUAUUCAUUCCGGUAGCAGAAGCAGCCUGUCAGAAGCAGCCCGUCAGAAGCAGUCCGUCCCGUACGAGGCUCAGCACCUCCUCACCAUCCGAACAGAGGAGCGACACCAACACGUUGCCGCCGUCAGAGUGGGAGCGCAGAGCGACAUGCCCGUGCGACAGAGAGAGGCCCAGCGAGCUCUGGAGCUGCUGCAGAGGUAUCGCUCCAGCCUGGACCAGAGAACACGGAGCCAGGGGCCCGACAUCACCGGCCCCGGGGGGCCCGACGGCACCGGCCCUGGGCAGCCCGAUGGCACCGGCCCCGCGGAGCACGACCUCCAGCUCCAGCAGUCCCUGGACCGGGUCAUCACCGUCUUCCAGAGCCAGCUGUUCAACGCGCUGCUAGACAUCCAGGAGUACUAUGAGCUGACCCUCCAGUCAGACAGUCAGCCCCCUGGGGACCCAACCCCUGCUCUGGGGGAGGCGGGGCCGGGCUGUGGCCCCCCACCGGAGCUCUCCAGCCAGACAGACCUUCCCUCCGUCCCCCUCGGCGCCCCGCCCCCCUCGGGACCACCGGCAUCGUCCGGGUCUUCGGGCCCUAAACGCAAAUCCGUGAAGGCGCCGGCCCCCCCGGUCCCGUCUGGGGGCCCCGGGGAGAAGGCACCCUGUUCACCGUCCCCUAAGGUCAAGAGCCGCGCCCCGCCCCCGCCCGUCCAGCCCAGAGCCUACCGAUCAGAGCAGGUGGACGGGGCCCUGAAGGUCUCGGCCAAUGGGAUCCAUCCGUUCCUAAACACCUCCUCCAACGGACCGGAGACCCCGUCCUCCCCGAUGACCGGCCCGUCUACUGGGGGCGGAAGCCCUCCCCUCCCCGGCUCCGCCCCUCUCUGCCCGGGCGCCGUCUCCGCCCUCGUCUCGGCCACCAUCCAAGGCCUCGCCUCGCCCGCCUCGCUGGAAGCCGCCGCCGCCGCCGCCCCCGUCACCGUGGCGACCCCUCAGGGCAGCCAGGUUGCCGCCGUCGCCGCGGCCAGCCCUCCGGCUCCCGCCCCGGUGGUGUCGUCCCAGCCGAGGCCCAGCACCCUCCCCCUCCCCCUCCCCGGCCCCCCCUCCCUCGGAGGGCCCCGCUCUGGGCGGGCCGUCCCAGAGCCGGUCAGGUCCGGUCCCGCCAGCCCCCGCCUGGGACCGACCGCCGUCGGCCGCCAGGGCUCCGCUCUGAGCCAGGGGCCCCUCUACACCACGGACCCCCUGCUGAGGUAG